UCUUCUCUCCCCUCGGCUCUCUCCCUCGUCUUCCCUCCUCCACACCCCCUCUUCCUCCCCUCUGCUGGUCCUGCUUUUCGCAUCACACACACUAUAUAAAUAUACCCAGAGAUGCCCAGAUACAUUCAGGCACAGCGCACACAGGAUACUUGCUCCUGGGAGAUAAGAGAGAGCUGGGAACAAUGCCGGGGUCCACGCCCGGCGCCCGCGCCCUGAUUCCCGCAGUCUGCACCCCCAGCCCCAGCACCUUCCCCCAAAGUCCAAAACCAAACGCCUUUGGCCUCUUUCCUUUGCCCGGGGCCGUUGGCCGAAGGUGGCCCUCCUGACUCAUUCACUUUCCGUUUCUUCCCACAGAUACGUUCAUUAAUGCUUUUUCCAGCCGGAGUCAAACUUAUGAGGGGGGGGCAGUUUACUCGGGCUGGGGAUAACCUGGAGCCUACUGCCGGGGAAGAUCCAGACUCAGACCGAAGCAAACUAACCAUUGAAUAAUGCAUCCAGUGGGAAUUUUUCCACUCGGGCCCUCGGCUGCCGAGUCUCUGCAGACUCGGGAGCUAUUCACCCGCCGACGCAGACUAGGGGCGGUUUCGGAAGGACCCCACCGUCGGGGGCGCGGACGAGGCUCCCAGUGCAUUGUUAGCCGAAGGACGCCCUCCCGGCGGCGCGCCUCUACCCUUUGCUCCCGGAGAGCUCACGUCGCCCGCCCAUGGCCGGGACCGGCGGCACCCUAGGCCACCUCUCCGCGCCUUCUAAGGUCCAACCCCUCGCACUUUACCUGGACCCGACGGCCCAAGUCCCAGCGCUCCGCCAGAACCGCCUAUGCAAUGCGACUCCGAGUCCCAAGAAACCAACGCUACCGCAGGACGUUCCCUCCACACUGGUCAACAGGUCUCCAGAGCGCAGCACUCAAGAUCGCGGCACAGACUCAGACUUUCCCCUCGGUUACCUUGUCCACGCUCUCCAGACCACGCUUUGGACUUUUUCACUUUUAUUUAAGAGUCCACUCGGGGAAGGAGGAAAAAAAAAUCCAGAGGAGAUCCGAGUCAAUUGGAAAGAAAAAAAAGUUCGAAAGGGUGUCCACAGCGGCGAAAAAGCCCAGACUCUGUCGACCUUCAAACGACAACAGGGUUUUCAGGAGGGUGUGGGGAGACCGCUUCCCACCGGGACCUGGCCAGAAACCCGGCACCCCCAGCCACAUUGCCCCUCUUUCAGGCAGAAGGGAUUCCAACUCCAGACGGGGAGGCCCCCUUCCGGGUCCUGGGCAAACACUGAGGUUACUAAUGGCCACCCCACCCCAGCCAGCUGCUCCCCCUUCCUGUCGCACUCCUUCUAGAGCUUGAGAAGGCACCUCUAUGGCAGAAAUGUGGGCUAGGUCUCUCCUCCCAACUUCUAUUGGGCCUGGCAAAGAUCAUAUUAUCUUCACUGCGCUCAUCAGUACAGUCACCCCAACAAGCCACACACCCCCAAUUCCUUGUAGCCUCAGCAGCCUCUCCCAUUGGGAGUUGCUCAACAUGCAACUAGAUUCAACUGAGGACUUGCCCUCCUGUGUUAACUGUGGAGCUCAAUAGCACUUUCUGGAAAACCAAA